GCGAACAUAUGAUAUCAUACUUCACCAUCUUAUAAGGGGUAGAAGAAUGAAUGAAGCUUAUUCGGUGUUUCAGAAAAUGAGCGAUGAUCCUGGUUGUGAACCAACUAUUAGCACAUACGAGAUAAUGGUAAGGAUGUUCUGCAAUGAGGAUCGGAUAGAUAUGGCGCUAAGGGUGUGGGAUCAGAUGAAAGCGAAGGGUGUUCUACCUGGAAUGCAUUCGUUUUCCACGUUGAUUAACAGCUUUUGUCGCGAGAAUAGAUUGGAAGAUGCUUGCGGAUACUUUCAAGAAAUGCUCGAUAUGGGGAUGAGACCUCCAGUUCCUAUGUUUGAUAAUCUAAAACGCGCACUUCUUGACGAGGGAAAAGAGGAAACUGUUAAAGCUUUGUGGCAGAAAGUUGAGAAACUCAGGAAAAGUCCUUUAGUUGGAUAAUGUAGUAGUAGUAGUAGUACUAAUAUUUCGCAAUGGAAAUUUGUUGUAUCGUCAGUGAGGAUUCAUAUAGUCGACCCAACUUUGGUAUGAGACUAAGCUGUAUUGAUUGUUUAUGUUUCUUCUUGAAUAUUGUCAUUCGACGCUCUUCUAAGUGCCUCGGUCUACAGCAUCAAC